CGGCCGAGUGGCCCGUGCAGUGCCGGCACUCGCCAUGUCCCUGCGGGAGCAGGGAGAAGGCGGAAGCGGGAGGCUGGUGUGCUCCCCGGAGGUGGAGGGGCUCGGCGAAGGCGCGCCCGCCCGCGGCUUGCCGCUGCUGCCGUGGGACCGCUUCUCGGCCUGGUUGCACUGCGUGUGCGUCGUGGGCUUCGAUCUAGAGCUCGGCCAAGCUGUGGAGGUAAUAUAUCCUCAGCAUGCAAAACUUACAGAUAAAGAGAAAACCAAUAUUUGCUAUUUGUCUUUCCCAGAUUCCAAUUCAGGCUGCCUUGGAGACACGCAGUUUUGUUUUAGGUUUCGACAGUCUUCUAGCAGAAAGCUUUCAUGGUACUGUCUGCUGGACCAGUUUGACAGAGACCUACCCAUUUACUUGAAGAAAGAUCCUGCAUAUUAUUAUGGCUAUGUAUAUUUCAGACAAGUACAAAACAAAGCAGUAAAAAGAGGCUACUUUCAGAAGUCCUUGGUUCUGAUCACCAAGCUGCCUUAUAUCCACCUUUUUCACACUGUGCUUGGACAAAUUGCACCUGAAUAUUUUGAGAAGAAUGAACCUUAUUUGGAAGCAGCUUGUAGUGAUGUUGAUCGAUGGCCCCCUCCAGUCCCAGGGAAAACACUUCAUUUGCCUAUUAUGGGCAUUGUAAUGAAGGUGCGGAUUCCUACAUGUCAUGACAAGCCUGGAACAACCCAAGUAUUACAAUCAACACAUCAGACGGAUACACAGGUCUCCCUUGCUUUGCCUACUGUCCAUGAAGUAGACCUCUUCAGAUGUUUCUUGCCAGUCUUCUUUCAUAUCCAGAUGCUAUGGGAGCUAGUGUUGUUAGGGGAACCGCUUGUUGUCAUGGCGCCAUCUCCAUCAGAGUCUUCAGAAACUGUGCUGGCACUUGUAAGCUGUAUCUCGCCUCUGAAGUACUACAGUGAUUUUAGGCCUUAUUUUACAAUACAUGACAGUGAAUUCAAAGAAUACACCACCCGCACACAGACCCCGCCUUCUGUCAUAUUAGGAGUAACAAAUCCAUUUUUUGCGAAAACGCUGCAGCACUGGCCACACAUCAUCCGAAUAGGAGACAUUAAACUGUCAGGUGAAGUUCCAAAGCAGGUGAAAGUGAAAAAGCUGAAGAACUUAAAAACUUUGGAUUCUAAGCCAGGUGUUUAUACAUCUUAUAAGCCAUACUUGAACAAAGAUGAAGAGAUAAUAAAACUGUUACAGAAGGGAGUACAGCAGAAACGUCCUGCAGAAGCCCAAAAUAUAAUUCUUCGGCGUUAUUUCUUGGAACUGACUCAAAGCUUCAUUAUUCCUCUAGAACGAUAUGUAGCAAGUUUGAUGCCUUUGCAAAAAAGCAUAUCACCUUGGAAGAGUCCACCACAGUUGAAACCAUUCAGCCAAGAGGAAUUUAUGAAAACACUUGAGAAAGCAGGGCCUCAGCUUACGUCCAGGAUAAAAGGAGACUGGAUAGGACUGUACAGGCAUUUUUUGAAAUCGUAUAACUUUGAUGGCUGGUUCAGGACACGGCGGAAAGAAAUGACACAGAAGCUGGAGGCAUUGCAUUUGGAAGCAUUAUGUGAGGAGGAUUUACUUUUCUGGAGUCAGAAACACACUGAAGUUGAAACUGUGGAUCUAGUCUUAAAAUUAAAGGAUAAAUUGACGGAUGGAGAAAAUUUACCUGUGAAACCUGGCACUAUGGAAAAGUUACGGAGGCACAUUGAUUCAAUUAUUCUUGCACAGCCAGAAGAUUUACAGGGUAUCCUGAACAAAACUGGCUCAGUAUGACUAACUGGAUGUUCAUACAGCCAGAUGCACCACAUCACAUAUUUCAAAAGUAUAAAGCAGGUAUUCUCAGAGAAACAGAGAACAGUAGAUCUGAAAAAUAGACUGCAAUGGAAUCACUUCAUGUUUAUAUUUCUAAAGUUAUACUUUUUAAAAUGUCCAUUGAAGUUCAACUUGAAUACAGAGGAAACAAAAAGAUGCUUGUUAAUUAUGUUUAAAACUAAGUGCUCUUAUUGAAAAUCUUAAACUUUUAAAUACAGGCCCAUAGUGCAGGCAUUCCAAAACUUCUGAAACUGGUGGUGCUCUGCCCAAUUUUCUGAAACUCAGGGGAAGCAAUAUUCUGGUUAGUUUCAAAGACUAUCACUCUUAAGGUCAAGCUAGCAGCUCCCCAGUCUGUCCUUUUGAUAUUUUACUUUUCAUUAAAGUUUCAAAUGGCAGUCCACAAAACAUUGAAGUUUAGUUCAGACAUCAUGGCAGGUAUCUUCAAACCAUGAUUAAGGAUUUAGGAGCAUCCCUUUGGGCUUACAUAUUCCUCCCCUUGUUGCGCUGAAUUCCUUGGGUCCAUCCACUAACUAUAGUCUGCUGUAUUUCACCUGUAAAAGCUAUGCUUGCUUCUAACCAUAAUUUCCCCCCAGAUUGGAGACUGUAACCAUAAACUGACACCCAUAUCUACCCAUGGUUUCAAGUUCCCAAUUUGGGAAGUUAGAUGUACACAUCGGUUACGAAUUGAAAUAUCCCAGGGGACUGAAGUUACCUUAAUUAGAUGGUAGGGAAAACAUACUGUCCCUAAUGAGUAGCAGGAAAAGAACGGGGAGUGUGCUCCAGAUCACAUCAGUUCUGGGACACCUGAGAUGAUUUGACACAGCAAAACUACUACUUAUUGGCAACAAAUCUGUUUCUAGCAUGGAUAUUGAUUAGCUAAACUAUAAAGAAGUUGUUUUACAACCAAUUACAUUUUUCACAGAUUGUACACUUUCCAUUAGUUGCUAGAAAAAUAUAGCAUUAUUCCCUCCCUUAUUUUUAAGGUUUGGAGCUAAUUAAGCAGGUGCUUCUCAUCAAAGUUCAUGAACUGUUGUACCAUGCUAAAUCUUAAUUUUAAAUUGCAGAGCUAAAAUUCAAAUUUCAAAGAUUGACUGAAUCUAAUUUUCAGUUGCCUCCCAGCAGUACUCCUAAAGCUCACCUUUUCCAGAAAGCCUGUGGAUCAUCCUCCUAAUCCGUAUACCCAACUGUAACAAAGACAAAGUAUGUGCAAUUGAAAUAAUCACAUUAUCUUCCUCUACUUACAGUGCUGUUUCCUCUGCACUUCCUCUGUUGUUUCCCUGUGUCUGAUUUAGAUUGUAAGUCCCAUGAGGCAGGGAUCUGACAUACCUGUUCUUUGUGAAGUGUCAUGUGCCGUGGUAGUGUUAUAAGAAUAGUAGCAGCAAAAACAUCUGACUUGCUAUAGGCAUUGGGGAACAUAAAACCAGCUGCUUUACCAAAACAUCAUUUCUAUUUCCUUGUGCCAAGUAUAUAAGUGGUGCAGUUUCUUCUGACAUCAUUAAUCAUCUGUUAGAGAGCAAUCUUGAGCAGGCAUCCCAUGGCUCAUAAAAUAUAUUCCACAUACAGAGACAGUGCUCUGACAUCACAAGGGGGAGUCAAGAGAUCCAACGCCCAGCAAGAGUAGAGAGAAGUAUUCUGGCUGUCUUUCCAAGAUCUGAAAAUAAGCCUUGGAGAGGAAGUGGGUAGGGAGGAAAGGAGACCAGAAAGGCCAGGUUACCGUUUGUCCUGAGCUUUCUCCUUCCUUCCCACAUGGAAGUGCCCUCACUAGACAGGUGGAAAUGUGGUCUAGUGAAAAGAAAGGAGACUGGAGAACAGGGAGUCAAAGAUUGCUUUUGCUUCUCCUCCCACUCUGCCAGCUUCAGCUUGGCAGGACACAGAAACCUUGAAAGCCUCCGAGUUCCCAGGAUUCUGAGUAGGGAGGGUAUAGUUCAUAGGAUCACAUCCUUACAGUGUGUAAAUAGAGGUUUCUGAAAGACUUUGUGUUCUUAUGUAUGGUCAUUUUGAGAAUGGGCUACCUAUCCGUUCAGUAUUUUCAAUAUGUAGCUUUUCAUUUUCUUCCACCAUAUUGUGCUUUGUGGGGCUAAUCCAAAAUGACAGGUUAUAUGCAGAAACAGGUUUUUAUACAUAGCUUGUCCUUACUAGAUUAAAUUAGUGAAAAAUAUAUUUCAUAGCUGCUAUAGAAACACUAAAUAGCAUUAAAUCACUAUACCUCCCAGUUUUUAAAGUUUUUAAAGUUUUUUGGGGGUUAACUUUCUUUAAUGAAAUGUGAUGUAAGAAGGAGGCUAUUUUAAUCUGUAUUACUUAUAUUUCUCUAGGGAUGGCUUUUGUAUUUUGCAGCUUACAGUAGCUGCAUUUGCAUAACACAUUAAGCCAGCCUGCAACUAAGCUAUGCAGUGUGGAUUGUUCAUAGAACAACCCAUGGUACAGCCAGUGGAUGCUCAAGCUCACUGUGGCUUGUUCUCCCCCUCCUGACCCCCACCACCAUCCUUUGGCAGGUACACCAGUGUCCUCUGUAACAUCUUGUCUCUUCCUCUCCACUCUGAUCACUAUCCCUUUUCAAUCAACAGUAUUGUGUAUUUUUGGAGCCUCACAAAAGCACAAUUGGAACUGUAUUUAUCUUUUUUUUCAGCCCCGCAAAUAGUGCAACUAUGUUUAGAACUUUUAAAAAUCAAUAUUAUUUUGUUAGUCUUCUGCAAGUGUGCUCUUAAGCACUGUUUGAUACAAGUAGCCUUGCCUGGUUAGUUUUCUUGCCUGUUUAGUUGUCAAAGGAACUGGCAAGUAGAUAACAUACAUGGAAACUGGUAAGAUAAGACUGCAUCUAGGCUAAUUAGUGGAGUUGACAGCUAUGCAAUAGAUCCUUGGCACUUGAAAAACAUGGGUAAAGGGAAAAAAGAGGUGAAAGGAGCUGCACCAAAAAGGGGUGACAGUAGUUCCUCAUUAGCAAUGUAACUUUCUCAGUUAUAUGUGUUGAACUGACACUUCUUAGUGUGCUCUACCUUUCCAAUUCUUCCAUGAACUUCCAGCUAUUCUGGAAAGAGAAGGGAACUUCCUCAUCCCCUGUACCUUUUCUUCAGAGCACUUACUUGCUGCAGUUUCUGCCCCACUUCAUUAUUCCUUUUAACAGCUGAAACAGACAAGGAAAGUGACUGGGCAAGACUAUGCAUAUUGGACAGGCAGAAAAGCACAUUUGAGAAAGAUCAACAAUAAUAAAAAAUUAUGAACAGAUUUGCAAAAUUUGCAAGGGACAUUUUUUUAAGGGUGGUAGCCUGUGACAGUCGCUUUCAGGUGUUGCUUGAGCAUUAGUACAUGGGCUGUCACUAGUAGUGGCAAGGGGCAAGAGCAGCAGUGGCUUUUCCCACUUGGCCAAGGGUCUCACUACCCUCAGUGAAAUUGCUCUCUAGGUUCAGAUGACGUAACAACCCAUUGUGCAUUGAACAAUCCUUAGAAGAAGCAAUGGAUUGUCCAGAUGGCCUGUUUCUGAAAAAAUAAAGGGGAAACUCCAUCCUGUGGAAUGCAGUCGGAGUCCUGGUGACCUGACAACUCACUGUGGCUUGUUAUCAUCAAUAGGUUGUUGUCAUACGAACCCAUUCAGUGUGUAUACUAUAAAUAUUCAUAAUGAGCCAUUUCUCAUUGGCAAUAAAUUAUUUUUGCUAAAUGUUUAACUUCUUUAGAAUAUGAGAAUGCAAGAAUUUUAUAACUGUAUGUAAUAGGAAUUGGAGGAAUCAUUCCAAUUAUGUUAUACCUAUUGUAAUGUGUACCUAUAUUGUGUGUAUAGUACUGUGAGGAACAUAAAUGCAGAAGCUUGAUCAACACAGUGAUUACUAUUCCUAAACAUUUCUUCAUUUGGAUGAAACAUAAUCAUCCAUUACAGGCCUGUUGUGGAAAACUGCCUUUGUAUACUAUAAUGCACUAUUAUUUUGAGUCCUUAAUUUUAGCUAUAGACUGCCCUCUGCAUUUUAAGAUAUAUUUUAAAUAUUCACUUAAGAUGAAUUCCAAAUCAGAAGCUAAAAUUAAACUGUAUAAAAGCUGGCUUCUGCAAUUAUGCCACUAUUGCAUAAAUAGCUAAUAAAUAUUGUUUUGCACAGGUGAAGAGUAGCAUUUUUUAAAAAAUAUGGCCACUAAAUCUUCAUUAACUGAAGCAUUACAUAGUACAUUUGAACUAGCUACAUUAGCUUAUUUUCAAAAUGUAUUUUUUUAAAGGAAAUAAAUUUCACUUUUACA